CAGAAAGCCGGCCAAAAUCGAGGUGUUUGAGACUAGAAGCGCUUUAUUUUCCUUGCUAGAAGCUGUUGAUAAGUUGUCCCAAAGCGGUCUAGCCGCAUCCUCCACCCCGCAGGCUAGCGCCGCCUGUCCUCCCCGUCCGACUCCAAAAUCAAUCUCCCUCAGAACCCUCUGUCGCAGUCUCGCCACGCUUCCAUUCGAGGAUGCGCCGCCUCGCCCGCCCAGCCUCCCGCCUGCUCGGCUCCACGAGGAGAGGCCCCGCCGUUCUCGCCACGGACGCCCCCGGGGUGUUCCACGAAAUGCCUCCUCCGCUUCCCGUUUCCCAGGUGCCGCCACCACGCGCUCUGCUCGUCUGCGCCCCCCAGGUGUUUGGCGGAUUGCGGGGCUCGGGGUUCUGCACCGCUGCUCGGAGUUCCGCCGACGAGCUCGCCGGCGCGGAGCCGGUGCAGUUCACGGUGGUGCCGAUAGACAACCCCGUGGAGGGCCCGGGCCCGGGCCCGGGCCCGGGCGUGUCGGAGGCCGCUGAGAGGGUGUGCCGCGUCGCGUCCACGCAGCCGGAACUGAAGAUCGCGUCGGCGCUUGAUGCGCUCGGGGUGGCCGUGUCGCCGGAGCUGGUGGCCGAGGUGCUCAAGAACCUCAGCAAUGCCGGCAUGCUCGCGCUCGCGUUUUUCCGGUGGGCCGAGAGGCAGGAGGGCUUCAGGUACACGGUCGAGGGGUUCCACAAUCUGAUCGAGGCGCUCGGCAAGAUCAAGCAGUUCAGGCUGGUGUGGAGCUUGGUGGAGGCCAUGCGGUGCCGGGGCUUGCUGUCCAAGGACACGUUUCGGCUCAUCGUCCGGAGGUAUGCCCGGGCAAGGAAGGUCAAGGAGGCUGUGGAGACAUUUGAGAAGUUGAGCAGUUUUGGUCUCAGAACUGAGUUGUCAGAUUACAACUGGCUGAUCGACACGCUGAGCAAAUCCAAACAAGUGAAAAAGGCACAUGCCAUCUAUAAGGAGAUGAAGAGGAAGAGUAGGUUUGUGCCUGAUUUGAAGACCUACACUGUCCUCAUGGAAGGCUGGGGCCAUGAGAAGGAUUUGUUGAUGGUGAAAACAGUAUACCAAGAAAUGCUGGAUGCAGGCAUUAGGCCUGAUGUUGUGGCAUACGGGAUGCUGAUCAGCGCCUUUUGCAAGUCUGGCAAAUGCGAUGAGGCCAUCAAGGUGUUCCGCGAGAUGGAAGUGAGUGGUUGCAUGCCAAGCCCUCAUGUGUACUGCAUGCUUAUCAAUGGGCUUGGUUCAGAGGAAAGGUUGGAUGAAGCUUUGAAGUACUUUGAGCUUUAUAAGGAAAGUGGGUUCCCCAUGGAGAUGCCUACAUACAAUGCAGUCGUUGGAGCUUAUUGCAGAGCCUCAAAGUUUCAGCAUGCUUUCAAAAUGGUUGAUGAGAUGAGGAAUUGUAAAAUUGGCCCAAAUGCUCGGACUUAUGAUAUUAUUCUUCAUUAUCUGAUAAAAUCUCAGAAGUUUGAAGAUGCAUAUAAUGUAUUCCAGAGAAUGGGGAUGGACGGCUGUGAGCCUCAGCUCAAUACAUAUACAAUGAUGGUUGGUAUGUUCUGCAGUAAUGAAAGAGUUGAUAUGGCUUUAAAGGUCUGGAAGCAAAUGAAGGAGAAAGGUGUUCUCCCAUGUAUGCAUAUGUUUUCGGCAUUGAUCAAUGGGUUAUGCUUUGAGAACAGGCUCGAAGAAGCUUGUGCAUAUUUCCAGGAGAUGUUGGACAAAGGAAUUAGGCCACCUGGUCAACUUUUCAGUAAUUUAAAGGAAGCUCUUGUUGAAGGAGGAAGAAUUAGUUUGGCACAAGAGAUGGCUUUGAAGUUGGAUGUGUUAAGGAAAACACCUUUGCGUGGAUGAGAAAUUUAGAGCUUUUUGUUCUUAGAAGGAAUGUAGCUCUCUGAGCAUUACAUAGGUACACAAUAUCUAGGCGUGACAAUGUGAUCCCUACAUUAUUAGCUCCAGCAAUGGACGGAAGCAAUGUGGUUGUUUUCAUACUUCAGAUCACUAAAACAAUCUCUGGCCAUCAGCUAAAUGAUCUUUGCUUGAAAAUGUGACAAAAUUUAUAUAAGGUGCGCUUAAUAUCUUGAGUCCGCCAAGACAAUUUUAGGUAUUUUGAGUAAACUUCUGCAUAUCUUAUUCUC